UAAUUGUCUACAUCACCUUCAUGAAGGUGCAUGGUGUUGUUUUUGUUGUUGUUGUUGAUUUGUAUGAUAUAUUUUUUUGGAUGGUCAAUUGUUUUUCGAUUUGCGUUUUUUCAAAAUUGAUAGGGAAAAUAAUAAUCAAAAAACAUCCACUACAAAUAUGAGUAAUUUAGUUGAACGAACUCGGGAAUUUAUACCGAAUGAUAUUAUCGAACCAUCAUUAUCUGAACGAGAAAAAUUAAUAGAUGAACGUAUUGAAGAAUUACGAAAGAAACGUGAAUCAUUUGAUCCGGAAACCGAAUUUGUUGGUAUACGACGGCUAGGAUCAAGCUAUACAGCUGCCGAACCGUUUGCAUAUUUUGAUGGACCUAGUCAACAUCAACUUCGUUUUGUCCAUGUUACAUACAUUGGUUUGACUUCAAUGGUUAUGGCUGGUGCAACGAUUUUUGCUUUUCACCUAAAAACUCUUCCAUAUGUUUCUUGUUUAUUUCGUGGUGCAUUAUCGGCUAUACCAGGUGGAUAUCUUGGUCAUAAAUUUUUUGAAUGGCGACAACAAUUUGGCCGUAAAAAAAAUAAUACCUUUUUUGCUUAUGCACUUAUGCAUGAAAAUGAUUUUCCAAAAUUCGAGAGAAAAAAAUUCAAUGAUAUUACCCGUGAUUUUACUGCUCAUCGAUCAUUGAAUAUACCCGUACUGAAAAUGCGUUGGUAAAAACAUUGUAAUUGAUUUGUUUGUAGUUUGUUUGUCUCAAAUUAAAAUGAAAUGAAAUUGAAUUAAAAAUUUUUUUC